AUGGAAUCACAAUUGGCUCUAAUCGAACAAUCCCUCAACAGCAGAUACUCUCUCUGGGUCCGAGAAGCUCUCGAGGAAUUGCCUCACAAUUUCAUCAUCACUGACCCCACCAUUUCGGGUCACCCUAUAGUGUUUGCAAGCCCUUGGUUCCUUAAAAUGUCGGGUUUUUCGAGGGACCAAGUCAUCGGGAACAACGGCAGGAUGUUUCAAGGUCCCAAGACGAAUAGAAAAACAGUUAUGGAAAUUCGGGAGGCAAUUCGAGAGGAGAGAGCGAUGCAGGUUAAUUUGUUGAAUUAUAGGAAAGAUGGGACACCCUUUUGGAUGUUGUUUCAGAUGAGCCCUGUUUUUAGCAAGGAGGAUGGCAGGGUCGUUCAUUUUGUUGGGGUUCAGGUGCCUAUAUCGAGAAACAAAAGGUUAACCGAUGAUGGGGCUGAUGUUACUUGGAACGAGAUUGUUUUUGGUUCUUGCAGGAGAGAGGUUUGCUCCGAUACUUUGGCGAAAUUGGGACGUGUUUUGGCAUUGGAUACGGAUACCAAUUGUAGAGGAGUGGAGACUGAAGAGCCAUGCGAGGCAAGUGACCUAGAGAAGCAAAGUGCUGCAACUGCCAUUAGCAACAUCUUUUCCGUGCUAACCCACUAUAGCGAGUCAACUGGCAGACUGGUGUGUGGUAAAAGAUGCAGCUUACCUGCGGCAGGCCUCAUCAAUUCAUCUUUAAAUAUACCUCUUGGUAGAAUCAAACAAAGCUUUGUAUUGAUAGAUCCACAGUUGCCUAACUUGCCUAUAGUUUAUGCAAGUGAUGCCUUCUUAAAAUUGACAGGCUAUGAUAGACAUGAAGUGUUAGGGCGCAAUUGGAGAUUUCUAAGUGGAGUUGAUACAGAUCCCUCGGUUUUGCAUCAGGUACAGGAAAGCAUUCGGGUUGAGCAAGCAUGCACAGUAUGUAUCUUAAAUUACAGGAAAGAUGAGAGUAAAUUUUGGAAUCUUCUUCACUUGUCACCUGUUCGUAAUGCUACUGGCAAGAUAGCAUACUUUGUGGGUGUUCAGAUGGAAGAAAAAUGUGAAAGACAGGACAGACAUGGGCUGAGCCCUGAGAUUAGGCAGCUUGGUGCUGUUGGUGCAGUCAAGGUAGCUGUGAGGAGUUCAUCAAUAGGUGCUAGCUGCUCCAAGUCAUAA